UAUAUCUACUGCACCGAUAACUUAUCAAACAAAACAAAAUUGUAAUCUCGCAACAACAACGUCUCAAGAACACCAUAAUAAUAUGAAAAAUAGCGAGAAAAUGCCAAAUUAUAUACGCUAAAGAUCAAGAAUCGCAUCAGUGUUUAAGCGACCAAAAAGGUAAACAAACAGACGACAGUAACGAGCUUGCAACAUUACCGUACUUACGUAAGGAGGAAGAUGAACUGUGCAAGGCGUGUGGUUGUAACAGGAUUAGGGUUGGUGACACCUCUUGGAGUGGGUGCACCCACUACUUGGUUACAGCUCACUGCAGGAAAAGUGGGCACGGCAGCACUUACAGAUCCUCGGUUUUCACAGAUGCCAUGUCGUGUAGCAGCAGCUGUACCUCGUGGGAAGGAAGAGGGACAGCUUGACCUCUCCAAACACUUCAGUCCUAGUGACCUACGAACAAUGACACCUGCUAUUGCGUAUGCCUUGGUUGCGGCUCAGGAAGCUAUAGAAAAUGCAGACUGGAAACCAGAGUGUCCCACGGAACAAGAGAGAACAGGUGUGGCUGUGGGUAUGGGUAUGGUUGACCUUGAUGAUGUCCUCACAACUGGUCAAGCUCUUCAGCAAAAAUACAGCAAAGUCAGCCCAUAUUUUGUUCCUAGAAUAUUGACCAACAUGGCCGCUGGACAGAUUAGCAUGAAGUAUUCAUUUCAAGGCCCAAACCACAGUGUGUCCACAGCGUGUGCCACAGGAGCUCAUGCAAUUGGAGAUGCAUUUCGUUUCAUAAAGCAUGGAAGUGCAGAUGUAAUGGUAUGUGGUGGCACAGAGGCGAGUAUUACCCCUUUAGGCAUUGCUGGAUUUUGUCGACUGAGAGCUCUUGCCACAAAUUUUAAUGAUGACCCUGAAAGAGCUUCACGACCAUUUGAUGUCAAGCGUGAGGGGUUUGUCAUGGGGGAAGGGGCAGGCAUUUUAGUCCUUGAAGAACUGGAACAUGCUCUAAAGAGAAAUGCGAACAUUUAUGGGGAAAUUUUAGGGUAUGGACUCUCAGGUGAUGCAUACCACUAUACUGCACCAAGAGAAGAUGGAAAAGGUGCCAUGAGAGCCAUGAAGAUGGCCAUUGAGGAAGCACAAGUGAGCAUAGAGGAUGUCCGUUACAUAAAUGCACAUGCUACAUCAACACCCCUCGGAGAUGCUAUUGAAGUCACUGCCAUUAAAUCCCUUUUCGAAGAACAUGCAGAAAAUCUUCACAUAUCCUCGACAAAGGGAGCAAUGGGUCACUUACUUGGUGCGGCAGGAGCUGUCGAAGCCAUCCUCACCAUUCUAGCUUGCCAUGCAGGUUACAUUCCUCCCACGGCAAAUCUCGAGGAUCCAUCACCGGGCUUAGACUUGGACUUCGUUCCGCUUGAGUCCAAAGCCUGGCUCCAGAUGGCGGACAGAAGAAUAGCCCUAACAAAUUCCUUUGGUUUUGGGGGAACAAAUGCCACACUGUGUGUAGCGUCCUGUUAUUAAAUUAUUGGUGGGUUUCUUAGGAUUAUUAUUUUAUGGCAAAAUAGACUUUUAGAGCUUCUUGACCAAAAGAAAUGUGUUUUGUUAUGAUUUGUUCUCAUGUUCAGAUAACCCUGUAGUGUAUACUGUUGAAUAUAUUUAUAUAUAUAGUUUUUGUAAAUUUGUAAAAGGAUUUUUUAAUAUCUAAAUGUAUGUCAUUGAAACUAUUAUUUUUUUGAGUGAAAAAGUCAUGAUAAUUAUGUUCAGCAAACUUUAGCAAAUCAAAUUGGCUGAUCUGUAUGAUAUUCACUGAUGUAUAUGAAAUUAUCGUCAAAUUAUAAAUAUGGACUUUUUCCUGUGUA